CUCCAGGACAACUUUGGAUUUGACCUUCAGGCCGUGGAGGCGGCCACCAAGAAGCACGAGGCAAUAGAGACGGACAUCGCGGCGUACGAAGAGCGCGUGCAGGCCGUGGUGUCCGUGGCGAAGGAGCUUGAGAUGGAGCGUUACCACGACAUCAAACGCAUCACGGCUCGGAAGGACAACGUGAUCCGUCUGUGGGAGUACCUGCUGGAGCUGCUGAAGGCGCGCAGACAGAGACUGGAGAUGAACCUGGGCCUGCAGAGGGUCUUCCAGGAGAUGCUCUACAUCAUGGACUGGAUGGACGAGAUGAAGAUGCUGCUGCUGUCUCAGGACUACGGGAAGCACCUGCUGGGCGUGGAGGACCUGCUGCAGAAGCACGCUCUGGUGGAGGCCGACAUCGCCAUCCAGGCGGACCGGGUGAAGGCCGUCAGCACCAACGCCACCAAGUACUCCGUCACCGAUGAUGGCUACAAGCCGUGUGACCCUCAGGUGAUCCAGGACCGUGUGUCCCACCUGGAGUUCUGCUACCAGGAGCUGACUCAGCUGGCCGCCGAGCGCCGCGCCCGCCUGGAGGAGUCCCGCCGCCUCUGGAGGUUCUUCUGGGAGAUGGCGGAGGAGGAGGGCUGGAUCCGCGAGAAGGAGCAGAUCCUGUCCUCCGUGGAGCACGGCAAGGACCUGACGGGGGCGUUGCGCCUCCUCAGCCAGCAGAGCGCCCUGGAAGACGAGAUGAGCGGCCGCGCCGGACACCUGCAGCACACCAUCACGGAGGGCCAGGCCAUGGUCACGGCCAACCACUUUGCCGCCACAAAGAUCCAGGAGCGCAUCGACGACCUGCAGGCGCAGUGGGCGGCGCUGGAGCAGCUGGCGGCGGUGAGGAAGAAGAGGCUGCAGGAGGCUCUGGCGCUGCACCAGUUUCAGGCGGACGCGGAUGACGUGGACGCCUGGACACUGGACGCCCUGCGCAUUGUCUCCAGCGGAGAGACGGGCCACGACGAGUUCUCCACCCAGGCGCUGGUCAGGAAGCACAAAGACGCGGCGGCGGAGGUCGCCAGCUACCGGCCCGUCAUCGACUCGCUCCACGAGCAGGCCGCCGCGCUGCCCAGAGAGGAGGCGGAGUCAGAGGAGGUGCGUGGGCGUCUGAGCGGCAUCGAGGAGCGCUACAAGGAGGUGGCGGAGCUGACGAAGCUGAGGAAGGAGGCACUGCAGGACGCGCUGGCGCUCUACAAGAUGUUCAGCGAGGCCAACGCCUGCGAGGUCUGGAUCGACGAGAAGGAGCAGUGGCUCAACAGCAUGGAGAUCCCCGAAAAACUGGAGGAUCUGGAGGUCAUUCAGCACAGGUUUGAGAGUCUGGAGCCGGAGAUGAACAACCAGGCGUCUCGUGUGGCCGUUGUGAACCAGAUCGCCCGGCAGCUGACGCACAACGGACACCCGAGCGAGAAGGACAUCAAGAGCCAGCAGGACAAACUCAACAACAGGUGGAGCCAGUUCCGGGACCUGGUGGACCAGAAGAAGGAGUCCCUGAACUCGGCUCUGGGCGUGCAGAACUACCACCUGGACUGCAACGAGACCAAGUCCUGGAUCAAGGAGAAGACCAAAGUCAUCGAGUCCACGCAGGAGCUGGGCAACGACCUCACCGGGGUCAUGGCCCUGCAGCGCAAACUGACCGGCAUGGAGCGUGACCUGGCCGCCAUCGAGGACAAGCUGGGCGAUCUGCGCGGCGAGGCGGCGCGGCUGGCGGAGGAGCACCCCGAGCAGGCCAAGGCCAUCACGGGCCGCCUGGCCGAGAUCACCGCUGUCUGGGAGGACAUGAAGAACACCCUGAAGAACCGCGAGGAGUCUCUGGGCGAGGCCAGGAAGCUGCAGCAGUUCCUGCGCGAGCUGGACGACUUCCAGUCCUGGCUGUCCCGCACACAGACCGCCAUUGCCUCCGAGGACAUGCCCAACACGCUGGCCGAGGCCGAGAAGCUGAUGGCGCAGCACGAGGGCAUCAAGAACGAGAUCCACAACUACGAGGAGGACUACCAGAAGAUGCGGGACAUGGGCGAGAUGGUGACGCAGGGCCAGACGGACGCGCAGCACAUGUUCCUGCGCCAGCGGCUGCAGGCGCUCGACACCGGCUGGAACGAGCUGCACAAAAUGUGGGAGAACCGGCAGAACCUGCUGUCUCAGUCCCACGCCUACCAGCUGUUCCUGCGGGACACCAAGCAGGCUGAGGCCUUCCUCAACAACCAGGUGG